AUGACUGCCAUACGACUCCGAGAAUUUAUUGAUCGUCGCCCAGUGAUCCCACCCAGCAUGUUCAUUUCCCACCAAGGGAAGGAUGUCCGAGGCUACUACCCUGGGCAAUUGGCAAGGGUCCAUUUGGAUAACAGUGUGAAGAGGGAUUCCAGCCCCCUCACCGAUUUGGCAAUUCCAUCCCCGGGAAAAUCUUCCUAUCAGCCCCAGUUAGACCAACAAACGCUCAUUCGCUACAUUUGCUUUCGGAGAGGCUCGAAGCCCACAGUGUCAUGGUAUAAUGAAUCCACGUACCAAAGAGACUACUCCCUGCCAUUCUACAAGCCUGGUUGGGACUGGAAAUUAGCCACUCUUUCAUCAAAUCCUUGGCCUCUUAAUUUGCUGUCAGAACCCUCCGGUUGUGAAGAUGGAAGCAACUUUGCAAGAAAUGCUUUUAAAUUAAAAUAA